AUAGAGAAUAAUAAAGGGUAAAUUAGUAAUUGGCGUAUAGAUCUCUCGUAUAUAAAAACUAAAAAAGAACGGAGAGGGUGCAUUUCAGUGCCAUCUGUUGAGGACAAUCCGAAUCACAACAUUUAACAAGAGAGCACCUGUUUCAGCCUAAAUCAUGGGGAAACAAAUGCCCGAAACCGCCACCACCUUCCUUACCCAUUUUUUGCAACACUCCGGCGGUUACGGGGUUCUAGACGGCGGCUUUGCCACUGAACUCGAGCGCCUCGGUGCCGAUCUUAACGAUCCUCUUUGGAGCGCCAAAUGCCUCCUCACUUCCCCUCACCUUGUCCGACGGGUUCAUUUAGAUUAUCUUGAUGCUGGGGCCAAUAUCAUUUCCACAGCAUCUUAUCAGGCAACAAUUCAGGGUUUUGAGGCUAAAGGAUUUUCUAGAGAUGAGAGUGAAAAUUUGCUAAGAAAAAGUGUUCAAAUUGCAAUUGAAGCACGUGAUAUCUACCUUGAACGAUGUACGAAAGAUUCUUGGGAUUUCACUGAAACUGGAGCGGGAUCGAGGAGGCCAAUUCUGAUAGCCGCCUCGAUUGGCAGCUACGGGGCUUAUUUGGCUGAUGGGUCUGAGUAUAGCGGAGAGUAUGGUGAUUCAGUUACUCUAGAAACACUGAAAGAUUUCCACAGAAGAAGAGUGCAAAUUCUGGCUAAUGCAGGUGCUGACUUAAUCGCAUUUGAGACAAUUCCAAACAAGUUGGAAGCUCAAGCAUAUGCUGAGCUUCUUGAUGAAGAGGGAAUCGAAAUUCCUGCUUGGUUUUCUUUCAACUCCAAGGAUGGAAUCAAUGUGGUUAGUGGAGAUUCUAUAUCUGACUGUGCCUCCAUUGCAGAUGCUUCAAAGCAAGUUGUUGCUGUUGGAAUCAACUGUACUCCUCCCAGAUAUAUUCAUGGACUAAUCUUGUCGAUUCGGGAGGUCACUGACAAACCAAUUGUAGUUUAUCCAAACAGUGGAGAAUCUUAUGAUGGUGUGACCAAACGGUGGUUGAAAUCUGAUGGGAUGAUAGGGGAAGACUUUGUAUCAUAUGUAAGAAAGUGGAAGGAAGCUGGAGCCUCUCUGUUUGGUGGGUGUUGCAGAACCACUCCAAACACAAUCAGAGGCAUAGCAAAAGCGCUUUCUUCUAAAACUUUUUGAGCUCUUUCCCCUCUAUUUACAAGCUUUGAUGCCCAUGUCUUUGAUAAAUGCUGAAGUUUUCACAAGCUUUUUCAAGAUCAUGCAAUAAUUUUGAGACUGAUGGUGAUUGAUGGUUUACAUAUAGAUAACCAACAAAUGGAGGUCGUAAAACUAGAGAGGAAAAAGAGGAGCCUAUAAUGCUUGAAGACAAAAGCAAGCAGUAGAAUUCUUAGUGUAGUGUGGGGAUGAAGAUAUGCCAAUGUUGUGUAGCUCCCACUUUUAAGUGCCUAAUUACAUCCUUAGGGUUUGGCUUUAGAUUCUCUAAAAAGGGAUAUUAGAGCUAAUGUUUUGGGUUUCAUAACAAAUAUCAUUUGAUACCCAAGUCUGUUUGUCUUAUUGGUAGAUCCAAGAGGUUUCCAUCAAAGUUCGAAUCUUUUGUUUUAUCAUGUACUGCAUCAAACACGUACCCAAAAAAAUAAAUUUUGAUUGCAUGAAGUAACCAGAUUUCUCUAA